AUGGAUGGUAAGGAGCGGACGGCCAGAGAAGGCCACGGGAGGAGGCGGAAGAAUUUCAAAGAACGGCGAAGUCGAAAGGAGUGUAAGAGAAAGGUAUGCGGAGAAAAAGAAGGAGGACGAGCGAGAGGAAGGGAGAGGGGAGAAGGAGGAGAGGGAAGAGAAGAGGAUCAACCUGGAGAGCGAAGGGAAAAUGAAGUCGAAGGGGAGAAGAAAGCGAUGGCAGAAGAGGAGUUGAUGGGUGAAGUGAUAUGGAAUUAUGGAUUCGGAUGGAGUUCAUAUGAUAAUCCUGCUUUCAUCGGAUCCAUGCGGGUGCUUUAUGUGAACUGCGUCGAGUACCCCCAUGCUCCGGGCUUCCGGUCGAUUUCAGGGUCGAUUUCAGGGGACAUGCAAUGA